UGUCAACCCAAAGUUUCGCGAUCAACUAGCUCACACCGGUGUCAACUCGUACGUCUUGCUGUUUCCAGUGGAUGGUGGUUCCUGCCUUCCGUGAUACAAUAUUAAAGAGUUGGUAACUGUUGAGCUUCUGAACCAGAUGUAAUACCAACCAUCAUUAUCAUGACUUCCUCAGGUGCUAAGUGGGACCUACAGUGGUCCCCUACUGACCCUGAUGUGUUUGUAGCCUUGAAUACGGAUCGUUAUGAUAUGAACCUUUAUACGGUGGAAUCUGAUUUACUAUCAUCCAGCCAGUCUCAGAUACAGCUGAUCAGUCAGGAUAGUAACAUGUAUGCUAGAUUACAAGCAAGUAAGACAGACUUGUAUGUCAGCACUAAGAGUGAUCUACAGCUAAUCAGAUGUUUUUGCUGGUGUCCUAAGCAGUCGUCUGAUGACAUACUAGCGGUUGGCUUAUCAAGCGGUAAGGUCAUCUUGACUGCCUUUUUGGUAGACCCUACCUCCUCUCAGAUGGGCUUAGUAGGGACUGAAUUCCCAGUUAAGCACAACAAGAUGUGUACUAGUCUGGCCUGGAACACUGUGGAACCCAAAUUGUUAGCUGCUGGUUUUGAUAGAUACAGAACUGACUAUUGCAUGGCUGUCUAUGAUGUUAGUGUACAAAUAACUGGAACUGGCUCGACAACAUCUUCAGAGAAGUCUCGUUUUGUAUCCAAUAAUACCCCUCAAUCUGCCUUCCGGCCUGUUAGUGAGAUGGUCCAAGCAGAAGCACUGAACUCCAUGGCAUGGUUACCUCAUCAACCCCAAUGCAUUGUAGCUGGUGUGAGCAAUAAGAACCUUCGUAUCUUUGAUAUUAGAGAUACAACAAGUUAUAAGAGUGCGACAGCAACCAAGGCAGUGUAUGGAUUGACAGCAGAUCCAGUAGUAGAGUAUCGUCUAGCAUCAUAUUAUGAAUCACAGGUUCAUAUCUGGGACAGGAGACACUUUGAUAAACCAGUAUUAACAAUUACUGAACCACGGCCUAUUGUUAAGCUAGCUUGGAGUCCAUCCCGCUAUGGGUUACUAGCCUCAUUGGCCAGAGACAGCUCCGUUGUCAAGCUAUACAAUGUCCAACAUGUUGAUAGUGAAGUUGAACACACUGAACGUCAUCUUCAACCUAGUAGAGCUAGAGAGGUAUCUAUGUUUGCUUGGCAUCCAACAUGUGAGAAUCGUGUUUUAACUGUCACACCUACUGGCACAUUUAGAGAUGUUACUAUCCAGGAUCGAAUAUCAUUGACGGUAUCCCCUCAAUCUACAUGUAUGUUAGCAUCAGGCAGGAAUCUGCUACUAGUCACUCCAGCCAAGAGUCAUCAAGUCAAAGAUAUCUCAGCUCAGAUGAAACAAAGAGCUAUAGAUGGAUAUGGAUUACAGAAAUUAUUAAUUAAGAAUGGUGAUCUGGUGGGAGACUCAGAAGAAGAGGUCCAACUUCAGAAGUUUUGGAGAUGGCUUGAUCGAAUCAUGGCAUUGCAAAAAGAAGACAGAGCUACUUCCAAAGGAUGGAUUAAAAGCUAUGGCGUCAAAUCACUCAUCAAAUGUGAAGAUGGACUCAAAAGUGUCAUUGAGUCAAUAGAUUGGAAAGGAGUGGACUGGUAUUCAGAGUCUAAUGUUUUUAGGAGUAAAGAAAGGGCAUGUGCUCUUCAGCUGUGUGGAUGGGAGUUUGAUCAAGAUGAACAAGCUUUUCAGUUAUUCAUUCUCAGAUUGGAGAAAGAUAAUGAGUAUGAGCGAGCAGCAGCAAUCUGUGUAUUUCAGCUCAGGAUUAGACAAGCUAUUGAUAUACUGAACAGAGGAGCAAAGGACACAACGUACAACGGUUAUGUGAAUCUGAAUGGUAUUGCCAUGGCAUUAUCAGGGUUUACCCAGCAACGUAAUACAUUAUGGUGUGAGAUGUGUAGUACACUUAGACAGAAUCUUCAACAUCCAUACUUACAAGCAAUGUUUGGAUUCUUGACUGCCGAUGGUGAUACUUAUGAUGUGGUCUUGAAAGAGCCUGGUUUGAGUAUGGAGGACCGUAUUGCAUUUGCCUGUUUAUUUCUAAAUGAUCAGCAACUACCGUCCUUCAUUGAAGAGUUAAUGAAUGGCGUAAUACAGACUGGCAAUCUAGAAGGAAUGUUAUUAGCAGGGCUGACUAAAGAUGGUGUAGAGCUGCUACAGUCGUAUGUUGAUAGGACUGCUGAUGUUCAGACCACUAGCUGGGUUGCUGUACGUACACUACCAUCAGAGCUAUGUAAAGACAGACGAGUCAUGCAUUGGAUAGAGAGUUACAGAAGUCUUCUGGAUAUAUGGAGGCUGUGGCAUCAAAGGGCAAGGUUUGAUGUGUACUAUCAUCAAGGUAACGUGAAGAUUCCACCCCAGCAACAGAUCUUCGUCAAUUGUCACUUUUGUCAGAAUGCUAUAUCACCCACAGUGUUAGCCCAGAGGUCAUUACAUAACAUUCCACAUAGAGGAGUACCUAUGCAUCAGAGAGUCAAGGCAUCAACAUGCUACAAAUGCAGAAAGCCAUUACCUCGCUGUGCUUUGUGUUUGAUGAAUAUGGGUACACUAUCUGGCUUGAAGUCUAUUCACCCUCAGGAUCGACAUGAUAAUGCAGCCAAGAAUGCCCUCAAUACAGAUCCCCACGAUGAGUCCAAGCAGACUGAUUUCAAGCAGUGGUUUACAUGGUGUCAAUCUUGUAGACAUGGUGGUCAUGCAUGUCAUCUCAUGGAUUGGUUCAAAGAGCAUCCAGAGUGUCCAGUAACAGGCUGUGUAUGUAAAUGUAUGUUAAUGGAUACAGUAGGAACUGUGUCAUCUACUGAGAGUGUUACAUGAAAUGACAUCAUCACCAGCUACUGCCUCAUCAGUCUUCCCCAACACCAUCAUGCAUCUUGAACCAGUAUGCUAAAACUGAGACAAAAAUUAUUACUUUUACUAAUUUCUCAAAAACUACAGCACCUCAGUAAAAUUUCAA